AUGAAUUCUUCGGGAACUCAUACCGUCCUUCGGCUUACCGACCGUAAAUCGCGGAACAGCCUGACCGAAUUCCGAGAGCUCCGACCAUGGGCCGGAAAGGGUGAAGUCCUCGUCAAGGACCGAAGUGUGGCCUUGAACUUCCCAGACCUUGCCAUUGCUACUGGAACGUACGCGCAUCCCGUGAAAGAUCGAGUCAUCCCCGGCUCCGAUGCGGCGGGAGACAUUGUCAUGGUUGGCAAAGAUGUCCGCGGAUUCGCUAUAGGUGACAAGGUGGUCAUCGCCUAUGACCAGAUGACACGCACUGGACCGAUCAAGUCUUGCCAACGCAAUGCGUUGCUGCUGGUUCACUACGUUGCAGUAGGCCAUGCACCAGGGCCUACACUAGAGGGUCAAAGUGUAGCCUUUCCCAUAUAUAAGAAAGUACACCACCCCCAAGCCUAUUAA